GUACUUCCCCGGAGAUACUUUGUGUAUAUACGUUUGGGCAGAGUGGCCGGACUUGAAGAAAGUGGCGUUAUUUUUGAUAAUUGGCAAUAUCACUCGUGUUGGAUAUCUCCGUCACUAUAUUUUAUGUGUAUAUCUGUCAGAUAUGCUUUAUUUAGCAUUUUGCUCUGAUAUCCAUGCAGUUCUGUGCAGGCGAAAGGGGCACAUGUCUUCUUAUGCAGUAAUUUGAAGUGGGUUGGUGAAAUUAAUGUGAGGAAAAGUAGAGAAUAAAUUAUAUUGGAAGUUGGAUGAUGGUCCCAUUAAGGCCAAGUCUUUUUCUUCUCAAUUUUUAGGGUUGUUGUAUAUUAACAAACUUUUUGGUUAUCCAGGCUCUGUUUUCAACUACCCCAUUUGGAUUCUGUUAAAUAUCCUGGAAUUCUUCUUAUGUAAAGCUGUGUCUUCUGAACGGCAGUUGGAAUAUCCAGUCAUAAUUUUUUGUGGUUAAAGGUAUAGACUUUUUGGUACACUCAAGGGUAGUUAGUUAUGUUUAGGACCAAUUCCAAAGGCCCUAUUAGUGGCAGUGCAGAGGGGAGGGGUGAUAACAUCGAUUGGGAAUUGAGGCCUGGAGGUAUGUUAGUGCAGAGAAGAGACGAUGGAGCUGCUGCAGCUGGCCCUAUGAUUAGGGUCAAGGUGUCCCAUGGAUCGUACCAGCAUGAAGUCUCCAUUCCUGCUCAGGCUACUUUUGGGGACUUGAAGAAGCUGUUAGCCCAGGAGACUGGUUUGGAGCCACAAGAGCAGAGGAUUUUGUUCAGGGGAAAGGAGAAGGAAAAUGACGAGUGUCUGCAUAUCGUAGGUGUGAAAGAUAUGGCCAAAGUGAUUUUGUUGGAAGACCCCGCAAGUAAGGAAAGGAAAUUAGAGGAAAUGAAGAGAAAUGAAGACAUUGCAAAAGCUUGCCAGAAGGUUGCUGAAGUAAGGGCUGAAGUGGAUAAGUUGUCAGGAAAGGUUUCUGCUAUCGAGAUGGCUGUAAGUGGUGGAACCAAGGUUGCAGAACAAGAUUUUGUGGUUAUCACGGAGAUGCUAAUGAUCCAGCUGCUGAAGUUGGACGGCAUUGAGGCAGUGGGGGAAGCUAAGGUUCAUAGAAGAAUAGAGGUACGAAGGGUUCAGAAUUAUGUGGAUACAAUGGAUGCAUUGAAGGCUCAAAAUGCAAAUCCUUUGUGCAAUAAAACUGUAGCUGUAACCACACAGUGGGAAACGUUUGAUAAUGGUGUAGGCAGUUUAAACGCUCCAUCUGGCACAGCAACUACAAGGAUCACCCAAGAGUGGGAAUCAUUUGACUGAGGAUUUCUAAAUGGUACAUAAGAGUCAAAUAUACUAUUCUUUUUAAUUGCUACCUCAAGUGGAAAGCAUAAGAAAUGGACAGAUUGUCUAAAAUCUGGAAUUUGAUGCAAUGUGCAUGUAACAUUAGGUAGGUGGGGUAGUCGCCUUGACUACUUGAUUAGAACUGUCAGAUAAGGUUUUGUUUACUAUACAGCUGAUACUCCAUAUGCUCGUAGAAAAGCUGGAGAUUUUUUGUGGUUGGAAAGUUGAAGACUUAGUAUCGAAACUCUGUUUUUUAGCAGUUCCGCUACCUGAUUGGAAUGCCUUAUCAGUUGUAUGUCUGAGAUUUUAUCUGUAUUCAGAUAGAUGUGAUUUGACACUAUGGGUUAGCUUAUAUUGGACAGUAGUUACUCUCCGCUAAUUUAUCUGUUUCUGUGUUCUAA